AUACAAACUUCAAUCAUGUGAGGUUGUUUUGACAAGAAACAAAAGGGAGUAAAACAAAGAAAAAAACAUUGAGAUUCUUUCAUUUUGAAUUUCCAGCUCAUUUCAGUUUCCCAAUGGAAAAAACUCUGGAAAAAACAGUUUCCACUAAAGUGUUCGUCUUCACCCUUUCACUGAUUGUCAUCAGCUCAAUCACUUUAAGCUUUCUUAAGAGUUCCCGUUCACAUUUACCGAUUCCCAGUAUCCCCAGAAUUUCAGACAAAACCUGUGAUGUCUUCAAGGGGAAAUGGGUGCCUUAUCCACAAGGUCCUUAUUACAGUAACGAAACUUGUCGGCUGAUCGUUGACCAGCACAACUGCAUGAAGUUUGGUAGACCAGACACGGAGUUCAUGAAAUGGAGAUGGAAACCAGAUGAGUGCGAGUUGCCUCGGUUUGACGCAGCUCAGUUCUUAGAGGUUGCGAGAGGCAAAUCAAUGGCCUUUGUUGGGGAUUCAGUAGCAAGAAACCAAAUGGAAUCAUUGCUCUGCCUAUUAGCUCAUGAAGCAUAUCCAGAGGAUAAAUCUCACAAUUCCAAGCUUUGGUUCUAUGCUGAUUACAACUUCACCUUAUCAGCACUUUGGUCGCCGUUUUUAGUUAAAUCCAGGGCUGCAGACAUUAAUAACAAUUCCAGCAAUGGCAUCUUUACCCUUUACCUCGACCAACCCGACGAAGAAUGGUCGAACAAGAUAGAGAAAUUCGAUUACGUAAUCGUAUCGGCCGGACAAUGGUUCUUCCGUCCGAUGCUAUUCUACCAGAACAGUCGACUUAUCGGAUGCUACAACUGUAACCAAAACAACAUCACAAGCAUUUCCAAGUACCAUGCAUACAGAACAGCCUUCCGAACCGCCUUCGAAACCCUCAUAAGCCGUAAUAAUUACACCGGCGCCAUCUUCUUGCGGACGUUUUCAGCGGCGCAUUACGAGAACGGAGAAUGGGAUAAAGGAGGGAACUGUGGUAGAACAAGGCCUUUCAGAAGCAAUGAAAGCAAGUUGGAAGAUGUUAACAUGGAGUUUUACUUGAUUCAAGUGGAGGAACUGAGGAAAGCUAAGGAAAAGGGGAAGAAAAGAGGGUUAAUAUUUGAAGUGAUAAACAGUACUGAAAUCAUGUGGCUGAGACCAGAUGGACAUCCAAGUCAUUAUGGGAAAUUCAUGAAGAAGAAUACCACUGUAAAUGAUUGUGUCCAUUGGUGUUUGCCUGGCCCCAUUGACACAUUGAAUCAGUUUUUGCUUUAUUUCAUCAACGCCGUCUAAUUCAUCAUCCUAGGAGUUCUUAUAAAUUAUAUGCACCAAGAUUUCUUUUUCAAUAAAUUCUGGUUGAAACUUUUUUUUA